UCGGGAUGACGUUUUCAGGUGGCUCUGGAGGGGAGUCACACCGUUAGAGCAUGACAGCGGUUUGUGAAAUACCCAAAGUGCGGACGGUACCAUUCCCUGGGGGAAGGCGGUCCCCGCCGAGCCACCGCCGGUGCCGGCAGCGGUGCCUUUCCGAGGAGCGGCGGCUGCCCUUCGCGGCGGCAGCUCCUCACCGCUCGGCGCAACUCCUCAUCCUCCCAAGGACCACCAGCUCUUCUCCUUGCUCUGCAAGCUGGGGCCGGAGCGGGUCCGCUCCCCUCCGUGGCAGACGGUUUGCCUUGGAUCAGCUGGUUGAAGCAGCUGGAUACACAAUCAAUCGCUCUCCGGUAUUUCCAAACUUGCCUUUUAACCUGCUGAACCAGGGUCUGGCGCAGAACUCCUUGCCACCAUGAAAACAAUUAUUGCAGCCUGUUCCCAAAAUCUUAGUGGCAGCCGCGCCAGCAUCCAGACCGCCCUGCGCACCCUGCUCGCAGCACCCUGGCCCUCGCAGCGGGAUGUCCGCUCCUGGCUCCAGCUCCUCUCCGUCCUGCAGUGGGUGCUCAGCUUCCUGCUGCUGGGAACCGUCAGCCUGCUGCUCCUCAUCUACCUGGUGUUCACCAGCUUCUGGCCCAUCUCCGCGCUCUACCUGGCCUGGAUCAUCUUUGACUGGGACACGCCGGAGAAAGGUGGCAGGAGGCUGCCGUGCCUGCGGCAAUGGCCCGUCUGGAGGCACUUUCGGGAUUAUUUCCCCGUGAAGCUGGUGAAGACCCACGACCUGUCCCCCAGCCACAACUACAUCAUCGGCUCCCACCCCCACGGCAUCCUCUGCGUCGGCGCCUUCUGCAACUUCGUCACCGGCUCAACGGGUUUCGGGGAGAUGUUCCCGGGCAUCCGGCCUUCCCUCACCACGCUGGCCGGCAACUUUCGUCUGCCCGUCUUCAGGGAAUACCUGAUGAGCGGGGGCCUGUGCCCGGUGACACGCCGCGCCAUCGGCUACCUCCUGUCCAAGAAUGGUACCGGCAACGCGGUGGCCAUCGUCAUCGGCGGCGCGGCCGAGUCGCUCUCCUGCCGCCCCGGAGUCACCACGCUCAUCCUGAAGAACCGCAAGGGCUUCGUCCGCAUGGCCCUGCAGCACGGGGCCUGCCUCGUCCCCUCCUUCUCCUUUGGGGAGAAUGACCUCUUCCGCCAGGUGGUCUUUGAGGAGGGCAGCUGGAUGAGGAGCAUCCAGCAGCGCUUCCAGAAGAUGAUGGGCUUCGCUCCCUGCGUCUUCUACGGCCGGGGUCUCACCUCCGUCCGGUCCCGGGGCUUCCUCCCCUACGCCAGACCCAUCACCACCGUGGUGGGGGAGCCGGUGACGGUGCCCAAGAUCGAGGACCCAAGCCGCGAGACGGUGGACAUGUACCACGAGAUGUAUGUCCGCUCCCUGCUCAAGCUCUUCAACGAGAACAAGACCAAGUACGGGCUGUCGGAGACGGACGAGCUGCACAUCCUCUGAGCACGGCCAGCGCCGGCGGCCAGAUCCUGGCUCACAAGAGCGGCUGGCUCUUGCGGGUGGGGAUUUCAGCCGGCCCGGCACGGGGAACACACGGGGGACAGUCCCCGCUCCGGUCCUCCGCUCCUCCGGCCGAAAAACCUGAGCCGGAGGUGGGAGGAGAGGAGGAAGUGAGGGGAAGGGGAGAUUGGGAAGGGUCCCCCUUGAAAGGGAUUCGGAGGGGCUGCAGGUGACACAGCCGUCCCCCGAGGACACAGGGCUGAUGUAGGGGGGGGGGCUGGCAGAAGGCUGGGGACCAGCAAUGGGCACGGUCCCUGCAAGACAACCAGGAGAACGUGAGCUGAGGGAGCGGGGGUCACGGGAGGAGGGAGUGAGACGGACUCUUUUGGGUGGCAUCCUGAUGGCGAGCAGGACCAGGCUGGGGAGACAUCCCCCCGGGGUGGGGGGGACACUCCUGGACUUGGGGACCCAGCCUCAGCUGGGACCACGGAGCCCUGGGUGGGGGCGAGUGCUGGUCUGGCCCCGGAUGAGCCUUUUCCACCACCUCUGUACCCAAUACAGAUUUCCAACCCCCCCA